AUGAAAGGUGCACGUUCCAGUUAUGAGCAUUUGGUAAAAGAAUCGGUGGAGUUGCGUGAAGAAGUGGUAGGUCUUUCUGAGAGGAAUAGAUGUUUGGUGGAUGAUAUGAGUGAGCGUAUUCGCUGUCAAACGGAAUUGAAGAAUCUUAAUCAAGAUUUGCAGAUGAAGGUUGACGAUGCUAUCAUUCGUCGCUUAAAGCUGAGCAAAAUCUUGGAGGAGAGAUCCCAACAAUUGGAGGCUUUAAAAUCACACUUUACCGAGAAGGUGUCCCAAUUGGAAGUUUCCUGUUCGGACAAGGACGUACACAUCAAACUUCUGGAGGAAGAAAUUUGCUUCCUACAAAACUGUUAUGACUGA